CACGCGCUCAAGUCCCUUUUUUAUGAGUCUUUUGGCCCUGGAAGACUCGAGUAAAAGACAAAAUCACGAAUUUGGGAAUUAGGGUUUGCGAUCAAGAAGAAAGAAGGAGAAGAUGAUCGAGGUGGUGUUGAACGAUCGGCUGGGGAAGAAGGUGAGGGUGAAGUGCAACGACGACGACACCAUUGGAGACCUGAAGAAGCUCGUGGCGGCUCAGACAGGCACGAGAGCCGACAAGAUUCGGAUUCAGAAGUGGUACAACAUCUACAAGGACCACAUCACUCUCAAGGACUACGAAAUCCAUGACGGGAUGGGCCUCGAGCUCUACUACAACUGAUUUCGCCCUCCUGCCGUACGUAUGUUCUAUACACUAGCGAAAGCUUGGGAGAUGGAUGCCAUUUCUAAAUCUCAACUUGUCCGAAUGAACUUGCUGUUAUGAUGUUGGUUUACCUAAAAAUGUCCUAUACUUUUCUUAUGCUGGUUGGCACUUCAUUACUUGUCUAGAUGUGCCAAUCCAACUUGCCUGCGAGUCUUUAAGUGUCUGACUUACAUAAAUUUAAAUUUCAACUCUUUGCCGUGUGUCUUGUUAUUCAAUAUGUGAUUGUGGCGUUUUAUGGUUUUUGCA